AUGGAAAUAUUCAACGAUGACGCCGAUUUGCUAGCUGUCAAGGAGCCCGCUACCCAGAACGAGAGUGAAAAAUCCAAAUGGGACGUUGGAGAUAAUCAGCCUAAAAACGCAGAAAAGCAACACGAUUCUAAUCGAGUAAAUCACAGCAACCCGCGCGGUUCCUCCCGGGGACAGAGCAAGGGUGCGCGUGGACGUGGCACCAACUUGCCCCGAGGCGCCAGAGGACGUAGGCAAAGAGGUUCUGCCGAUGAUGAUCGGUCCUUCCCUGCUGAUAAAACGGGAACCUCGAUUGACGGUGUAAAAGAACAAGAGGUCAAAGAAAAGAGCCUUCACGAGCUCUCCAAGGAGAACGGCGAGUCUGCAUCAUCAGUUUCGGAAGGGUCUGAAGAUGAUGAUGAGGAGGACGAUGAAGAAGUUGAAGACGAGGAUGACGAAGAUUAUGAUGAUGAGGAUGACGAGCACGAGGUCCAAAGCAAUGACGAAGCGGGGGAGGAUCCUACAAACGACAAGGCCAAGGGUCCAGACAAUCUGAAUGAAAAUGCAGUUGUGAACGAUAUCCAAAGUGAAGACCCAAGUCCGAUCAAGCCAGCCGAAUUGUCGCCUAAAGGUCCCCCAAAGAAGCAACCCUACGUGCGACAAGUUGAUUUACCCAAGGAGAAACUUUCGCCGGCUGACUUGGAGGCCAAAAUGGCAGCCAUGGCACUGAAGAACGCACGGCUUAUAGAGCAGAAGAAAGCGGCUGAUCAAGACGCUGCCGAAUAUCGAGAGAUCGAGCUCAAGAGUCAACGGAAUUUCGAAGCUCAACGGGCGCAACAACAAGAGAUCGAUGCGGCUCGUAAAGCGGCAGCUGACAGGAAAUUGAAGAAAACUCAAGGUCGAGAAUGGGAUUGGGAAAAAACAGAAGAUGAUUGGAAUCGAUCCCGUCCUUAUACAGAUUCGAUGACCAACCCCAACCCUGGAAAACAUUCCUGGAACAAUCACAGAGGGUCUGGGUUUAGAGGAAGACCAGCUCGAGGUGCCCAUCCUCGAGGACGAGGCGCAGGAAGAGGUGGCAGAGGUGGCGCGAGAGGUGCGGAAGGUUCAGAAAGUCAGAAAGUUGACCAACCAUCGGUUCAUGACAAUCAGACCGGUCCUGCACAGGGGCAAUCUAACCCCAACGGUACUCAAGUCACCCCAUCAACGUGA